AUGGAGAAGUACGAGAAGAUUGGGAAGAUUGGAGAGGGCUCGUACGGAGUCGUCUUCAAGUGCAGAAACAAAGACACGGGCCAGAUCGUCGCCAUCAAGAAGUUUGUCGAGUCAGAGGAUAAUCCCAUCAUUAAAAAAAUUGCACUGAGGGAGAUCAGGAUGCUCAAGCAACUGAAACACUCCAACCUGGUGAAUCUGAUCGAAGUGUUUCGACGCAAACGGAAGCUUCACCUGGUCUUCGAGUACUGCGAUCACACCGUCCUCAACGAGCUGGACCGCCAUCCCAGAGGCGUCCCAGAGCAUCUUGUUAAAAGUAUAACCUGGCAGACGCUUCAGGCCGUCAACUUCUGCCACAAACAGAAUUGCAUCCACAGAGACGUCAAGCCAGAGAAUAUUCUCAUCACCAAGCAUCAAGUCAUCAAACUCUGCGACUUUGGCUUUGCCAGGAUACUCACUGGUCCGUGUGACUACUACACCGACUACGUCGCGACCCGCUGGUAUCGCGCCCCCGAACUGCUGGUGGGAGACACUCAGUACGGCCCCCCGGUGGACGUGUGGGCAAUCGGUUGCCUGUUUGCUGAGCUCCUCUCGGGGACGCCUCUGUGGCCCGGGAAGUCGGACAUGGACCAGCUGUACCUGAUCAUAAAGACCCUCGGAGAUCUGAUUCCUCGACACCAGCAGGUCUUCAGCAACAACCAGUUCUUCUGUGGAGUAUCCAUUCCAGAGCCACAACAGAUGGAAUCUUUGGAGCAAAAGUAUCCAAACCUCUCACAUCAAACUCUGAGCCUGAUGAAGGGCUGUCUGCGGAUGGACCCGUCUGAGCGGCUGACCUGUGAGCAGCUCCUCCAGCAUCCGUACUUCGACAGCCUGAGAGAAAGAAACGAGAGCACAUCUCGACAGCAGGACCGCUCCGGCAACAAAAGGACACGUUUACCUCGCAGACACGUUCCCCCCGGGUAUUUGCCACAGUUGACCAGCAGCGGCUUCUUUCCAGCUCUGGACAAUAAGAGGUACUACAACAACCUGCGCAAAUUCAACUAUCACCUACCGAACAUCUAAUCCCGCUGGUCCUGAUCCGAGUCCAACCACCACCAAGAGCUCAGUAACGUGACGCAUACUCCAGUAGCACUUUUUAAACACAUUUAAUGAAGCUCCAACCACUUUUUAUGAGGUGUAUCACAUGAGGUGUCUCUAGUAUCUCUCUCGUUGAUGUCAGUCUAUGCACUACUCCCAGCAGGUCAUGUUGGUUUAUGUAUGUCGCCGUCGUUUCAGGCUGAUUUUGUAUAGAGACAAGAAGCAGUGAGCUGCUCCGCUCGUAGCUGCACAGUAGACUGAAGGAAAAACUCCAAUGUACUGCCUUGC